AUGCCUCCAAAACCUCCAGGACCUACUACUAAAGGAAGAUUUUUCGCUGCCUUAAUCGGGUUGAUUGGUGGUACAUCUUUGGGUGUAUACUGUCUUUCCGAUUACCAACUUGUUAAGAGACUUCCUCCUUUAGAAGUUGAACUAAAUGAAGAUGGUACCCCAAAAGCCUUGCCAUUCCGCAUCACUCUAAAGCCAACCGCUCCUCUUGAACUUAAACCAGAAGUCAAAGAACGUAGAAGGUUAGAAGAACAGAAAUAUUUGGCUAAAUUACGACUCGAAGAAGAGGCUAAGCAGAAAGAAUUAGCCGAUUUACAGCGAAAAAGAGAAGAGGCUGCAAAAUAUAUUGAAAAUAAAGAGAAACUGGAACAGGAAGAUGAGAAAAUCGUUGAACAAAUCAAUUUGAAAAUUUCCCAGGAAAUGGAACAAAAUGCUGGGAAGAAAUGGUGGCAAUUUUGGUAA